CUUAGGUGCAUGCUAGUUUCAGGUCGUGCAGAUUGUUCAUUAGUCUAACUCCUGGAUUAUUGCCCAAAUUUCAGGAAAGUUUUUUUUUUCUUUCUUUUUGCUUUUGGAUUUCUGGGUGGUGGAUACUUUUGCAGAUUGUUCACAUAUUUAUUCUGGUUCUCUUUUUAUUCUACUUUUCUGGUGACUUUGAAAGUAGAUUUUUGUUGGGUUAUAUAUUUUUUUCUCUGAAAUAUGUACUUCCUGAUAUAUGUUAAUAGAUGCUUGUUUAGCUUAGCUUGGUAAUUUGGGAUUUUCUGAUUGAUUUAUUUGGUAGCUGGAAAUGUGUUGAGAGAGGAGACAAGAACAUUGUGGUAUGUUUGAUUGUGGUUGAUUCAAUGCUUGAAUAAUAUUUAUAGAUUAGGCUUCUGGGGAAAAUAAUUUGAUGUGGAUGACAUGAAAUUGUUUGUUUGAAAUAAGAAAUGGAAGACAAUUUAUCCCAAAAAGGAAUGACAUCUGCUGGGAUUUCUUUUGGAUGCCUUGACUUGCAAGGAUCCAUGAGAGUUCAUCAUCCUGUGCAACACCCACAUGAUAUGCAUCAACAUCAUUACUCUAAUCCUCGCAAAGGCUCUUCUGCCCGUCCUUCUAUUCGUGGGAGUUUUCCGCUCACGAUGAGGGCAUCGCAAAACUCUGAUCAAGCCAUUUCAAUGACAAAUUACAACAGGAUGGAAAGAGGCAAAAGUUCUUUGAGUGAUGAGGAUGAACCGAGGUUUACAGAAGAGUGUGUUGAUGGUCAUAAUGAUGGAACUAAAGGCAAGAAAGGAUCUCCAUGGCAGCGUGUAAAGUGGACCGAUAAAAUGGUGAGGCUUCUAAUUACAGCAGUGUCUUAUAUCGGAGAGGAUGCAACGGGAGACUGUGGUAGUGGUAUGAGUAGGAGAUUUACAGUUUUACAGAAGAAGGGUAAAUGGAAAUCAGUUUCGAAAGUCAUGGCUGAGAGAGGCUAUCAUGUUUCUCCUCAACAGUGUGAGGAUAAGUUCAAUGACUUGAACAAAAGGUAUAAAAAGCUAAAUGAUAUGCUUGGUAGGGGCACUUCUUGUCAGGUUGUAGAGAAUCCAACACUUUUGGAUUUUAUAAAUUACUUAACAGAGAAAGAAAAAGAUGAUGUUAGGAAAAUUUUAAGCUCAAAGCAUCUUUUCUACGAGGAGAUGUGUUCUCAUCACAAUGGGAAUAGAUUGCAUCUGCCUCAUGAUCUACAAUUACAACGUUCCUUGCAAUUGGCUCUGAAAAGUAGAGAUGAUAACGAGCAUGAUGAUGCAAUGAGGCACCAAAAUGACUAUCUUGAUGAUGAUGACCAUGACAUGGAAACUGAUGAUCAUGAUGAGCUUGAGGAGAAUCAUGCUUCACAUGGGGAUAACAGGGUGGUAUGUGGGGCAUCAGGGAUCUCUACUAAGAGAUCAAGACAAAGCCAAGUCCAUGAAGGUGCUUGUGUCCAGAACCUUUUGAACUCCCAGCACUGCCACAACAAUUCUUUUUCUUAUCCAUCUGUCACUCAAGCAAAUGCGAACCAAGCUCUACUUGAUUAUUCAAGAGAUGCUUGGAUGCAGAAGCAGUGGAUUGAGUCUCGCACACUUCAGCUAGAAGAAAAGAAACUGCGAAUUCAGGUGGAGCUGCUAGAAUUGGAGAAACAACGUUUCAAGUGGCAGAGAUUUAGUAAGAGAAGGGACCGUGAACUGGACAACAUGAGAAUGGAAAAUGAGAGGAUGAAGCUUGAGAAUGAACGAAUGACACUAGAGUUGAAGCGAAAAGAGUUGUCUGCCGAUUAAAGCCAUGUAUUUUAAACUUUUUUUUUUCUUCUAAAGCUUCAGGCCUUUAUGCAAUUUAUUUUUGUUCCUGGUAAGCUGCUAUUGAUUUUUCCAUGGAGUAUCACAUAUAGGGUGGGCAAACUAAGUUGAAAUUUGUGAUGUUGCCUGUUUUUGUGGUGUAAACAUUGGCAGUGACAAUUACAGUCUCUGCUUCUUGUUGUUUUGCCUUUUGUAAAAUGGUAUUGUGGCUUCUAGAA